CUGUUUACAGGUGCAGUGCAUUUAGCAUCCUUAGUGAGAGUGUAGCGUUACACGAUCCCUCCCAGACAUGCGCGUACAACGUUGUCCGCGGUAUAUCGUCGCGAGAACAAAACAAGGAUCACCUACGGUGUCAUUGUAUAAGAAGGCUGUGAUGAAGUGAACGGUUUGAACAUCAUCAGAUCACGAUUUCCGCCAUGCGUACCAACGCUGCACUGAUCACACUUGGAUUGGCCCUCGGUGCUGCUGCGCACCCCCAUCACGAGGUUUCUGCUCGUCAGGUGGCUGAACACCAGUCGAUCUCCAAGCGAUGCGCUGCAUCAGCUGGGGCUUUCACUGCGGCGCGCAAGAAGCGUUCUCUGGCCAAACGCAAUCUUGCUACCAGGAACAGCAAUGUUACAAUCCAUCAGGAAUCACCACACUAUCCCACGAUCCAGAACGACACAUGUAUUCUCGUGCCGGAGGUCACUGCUGGACCUUACGUUUGGCCUCAGUCUGAUACCCUCCGACAAGAUAUGAGCGAGGGCGAGGCCGGUAUACCGAUUUACCUCGACAUCGGUGUGCUUGACACAAACACUUGCGAGCCCGCUCCCAACGUUUUGAUUGACCUGUGGCACUGCAAUGCCACCGGCAGCUACUCCUCCUUCGAGGCCCUCUCGCCCAACACUCCUUUCGAACAGCUCCUCCAGGAGCUCAAUGUGACCAUUGGUCCUGGCCUCGACCUUCACACUGGCGACACCACUUUCCUCCGCGGCAUGUGGCCGACCGAUGACAACGGUGUGAUGGAGAUGAAAACCGUCUUCCCCGGUUUCUACGUCGAACGCACGAUCCACAUCCACGUUCGGUCGCACACCAACUGGACCGUACGCGCAAACGGCACCGUUGUAUCCAGCAACGUUGUCUCCACGGGACAGCUGUUCUUCGACGAGGACCUUAGCGCGCAAAUCAUGGCUAUGGAGCCAUACGCUAGUCACACGGAGAUCAACCGCACCACAAACGCUGUCGACAGCAUCUUUUCUGGAGAGACAACCACUGGGUGGAGUCCCAACUUCGUCGUCGAGCCACUCGAUGGUGUCGACGUGGCCAAUGGUAUGGUCGGUUACAUCACUCUCGCUGUUGAUCUGUCAGCCACAAGCUCAGAGGGCGGUGGCGCUGCUCCAUCCGGCGCGAUGUCCUCGGGAGCCGCGCCCUCUGGCACCUCUACUUGAACCCUGUACGACAGGAAACACUAUCGCAAACUUCGAAAUCUGAAUCGUACAUAAAAUAUCAGUAAACGCGCAUAUUUGACGGAGCCGAUCACGUGUGUUCGCACAACGGUAAUGGCAAGUGCUUGGUGAGUAGUGUUCUUUGCUUAGAGAAUUUGUGGCUGGCGACUGGAAUCAAACUAUUUCUGUCAGUAUUGAGGUUAACCUCGAGGAAUUCAGUGACUUACCUUG